AUGAAAAAGAUAUUAUCUUCUUUUUUAUUGGUUUGUUUUCUGUUGGUUGUAACCGCUGCUGAAUUGGAGUCAAAUACUAAUUCCGGUGACAUUGAGAUAAACUUUGAAGGAGAUGGAAAUGAUUUCGAGGCUUUCGAUGUAGAAGAUCAGGAUGCUGCUGCUCUCUCUGACUUUGGAGUGUUACCACCAGUGAUCAUUCCACGUAGUAACUCUACUCUUUUCACUCAACACUUCCAGAGCUACAACAGUCGUUUGUUCCAUGUUCCAUACAGCUACUUCAUGCCAAACAGCGCCAAGCAAGUCUCACAAGCUUUGACAUACGCUCGUCUCAACCGUCGUCGUGUCACCAUCAAAUCCGGAGGACACUCUUGCGAAGCUUUGUCAUCGGCCGACAACACCGUCGUCAUCGAUAUGUCAAAGAUGAAGUCAACUCAAAUCGACAUGGCAACUCGUCAGAUCAAAGUGCAAUCCGGUCUCAAUUGGAUGGAAUUUUACAACACCACCGUUCCACUUGGAUUGGCAACAGCCGGUGGUUCCUGUCCAACCGUUAACGUCGGUGGUCUAAUUGGUGGAGGAGGAGCAAACUACUUGGCUCCACGUUACGGUUACGCCGUUGAUAAUGUCGUCUCCAUGACCGUUGUCACAGCCGAUGGACGUAUUCGUAACUGUUCACCAAACCAACACAAAGAUCUUUUCUGGGCUAUGCGUGGUGCCGGUCAUGGUGGUCUCGGAGUCAUUGUCGAUGUCACUCUCCAGCUUCACCCAAUCGAGCCAAAGCUCUACAGAAACGGUGUCAAGAUGACAUUCGAUGUUUUCCAACAGGUUUUAUUGUUCGUCGAUCAAUACUCAAGAACCAUGGACCAAAAUAUCUACAUGAAUAUGUUUGCAGGAAUGAAAGUACUUACUGGACCAUCCUCAAGAUAUGCUCGUUGCAACUUCUUCUACAAUGGUGAUCCAGCCGUCGGUGACACCGAGUUUAGAAAAUUCUUUGGUGCACUCCAAGCUGUUGUUCCAAGUGUCACCACCAAUUUCAAUUCGACACCGGUUGGAUUCGUUCAGAUUCUCGGUGGUAUUGCCGAUCCACCCAUUGCUCGUUCCUACACUCGUGGUCGUUUCAUGGAGAAUUGGACUCCUUUGACUGCCGAUCUCUUGGUAUCGAUGUUUGAUAACACCACUGUGCCAGUCAUGACCAACACCUCUGACACCACCGCCAAUAUCUUCUUUGAAAUGUAUUUCCACGGUGGUCAAAUGCAAAACAAAUCUAGAAACUUCAAUGCAUUCGUACAUCGUUCUGCACAAUGGUCCGCAUCCAUUGCACUCAACUAUCAAUCGGCAGACAACGAUCAAGUAUUCUCUACAUGGGACAAGAAGGUCGCUCAAAAAAUGACUCUUUUCUCAAAGUCUAUCUACCAAAACUACCCAGACACUGACUAUCCAGAUUGGGAAAGAGCUUAUUACGGUGAAAACUACUGGAGAUUGCAACUCAUCAAAUUGAAAUACGAUCCAUUCAAUUUCUUUAAUUAUACCCAAUCGAUUAGACAUCCUUUCGCAUAA